AUGUACUCGUCAUCUUCUGAAACUAAACGCCUCGUUUCAGUCCCUAUAAUGGCCAAGGUGGCCAUGCAACUCCUCUUUAUUCACAGUGUUUUUCUCAUGACCUAGACCAAGGCAUUGAACCAGACCAAUGCGUAUCUGCACCACAAAUGCAUCAACAAUCAAGGAUUAUACAAAUUAGGGAGUCCAUACGAUGUUAACCUCAACAAUGUCAUCCGUGUUAUCUCUACGUCAAUAACUAACUACGGUUUUGUACACAUCGAUAGUGGUAAUGCUCCAAAUACCGUCUUCGCCAAGCUCCAGUGCAGGGGUGACUCUGACGUCUCCAAGUGUCGCUCUUGCCUCGCCACUGCCUACUCUGGGCUUCUCAAGAGAUGUCCGAAAAACAAGGGGAAAAUUAUAUGGUACGACAACUGUCUUCUCGAGAUUUCUCCAGUUAGCACCUUAUUCAAGCUCGAUUAUCAGAACAAUUUCUAUUUGUACAAUGCGAAGGAUGUAAGCGGCAAUAAAGAAAUGUUUAACAAGAAUACGAGGACUCUCCUCUAUGAGCUUAAGGAGAAAGCCAUCAGUAAAGGAAACAAUGCUGGCAAGAUUCAAUUUUUGUACGCGACAGGGGAGAGAAGUCUUGGGACAAAGAAGUUGUACGCACUGGUGCAGUGUACAAAGGACUUAUUGGAUAACAAUUGCAAUGUGUGUUUGAAUUGGAUUAUGGCGAAGCUUACCGAAUGCUGCAACGGUAAACAAGGAGGAAGAGUUGUGAGUACGAGCUGUAAUUUUAGGUAUGAGCUUUACCCCUUUUUAAAGACUUAA